AUGACACUAAAUUAACAGGAUUUAUUCACUACAACAACCUUAAUAUUUAAUCUAAGAUUUAAUUGUUAAUAAUUUACAAAGACUUUACUAAGAGUAAGAAGAUUAAAAAAUUAUUCAAUAUAUAAACCGGAAUUAACUAAUCUAAUCAAAAUGAUUUGCAUAUAAUAAGUACAAGAAUUCUUUAUCAGAUAAACUAUUGGGAUAAGUGAUUCUGGAUAUUAUCUAAUAUGGGAUAAAGAGUUGAAUCAAAUAAUUAAUUUCCUACUGAUAGUGGAUUAGCUUCAUCCUUAUCAGAAUUAUCUUCUCUAGCCUUAUGUUAAUUAAUUGAAUAUUUUAAAGAUUGCAAUAAUUGUUCGAAAUUUGAGUAGAAUUGAUUCAGGUAGUGUUUGCAGAUUUUUUAUGUAAAAUUUGUAGUAAAACCAAAAACUAAAUAAUAAAUGGUAUUUAUGA